AUGGUGUCGAUUCCGAAUCAACAUCGGAUAACAUAUGUCAAAUUGGAACUAGCCGAUGAUACAAGCAAUGGACUUCAAAGCGAUGGAUCGCCUGGAAUCAACGAGUUCGAAUGGACGCAUAUCGAACCAGAGCCCAAAGCAGAAAAGGUGGAAAAAGCUGAUUGCAAGCCAGAAGAAAGCAAACAUACACAGCCAAGCGGUAAUAGUGCAAGCAAGGAGAGCAAUAGCGUGAAAUGGCCUACGAAGAAGAAUCAUGAUGGUCACAGAACAUUGGCUGCGAAAUUGAAGUCAAUCGAUGCGAAAGGCAGAGCCAGAUCGGUCAUCAUUGCAUCUCACAAGAAGCGAUCAGCUGCAAAAAGGGUCAAGAAACAGUACAAUUGCACGACGUGUAAUCAUGUCGCACCACGGCCAUCUAAUUUGAAGAGGCAUAUGUUGACGCACACUGGCGAGAAACCGUUUCCGUGCAACAUCU